UAGAAAUUACUCUCAGCAAUCACUAAUCCAACCUGCAAUAUGGAGGUGGACGAAAGAUUAAGAUUCCUUGAGACACGGAUCACAUCAAGUCUUCGUCCUAGGAAUGAUGAUCUUAAGGCCUUGUUUGCUGGUGAUGAGAACAGACAUGCCUUUCUGGAAUUCUGCAACAAUGAGGACGUCCGUCGUCUCUUCAUCUAUACUCGAGAGCCCAAGAACACGUUGGUGGCGUCUCUCUUACCUCCCAAUGAUGUCCGCACCAAAGGCGUUUUCUUCAUCAAAACAAACCAGGCUACUAAACUGACCAAAGAGAACAUCAGGACUGAUGUUGUGUUUUCAGACUGUAAUAAAAUAGUUCUCAAUCAGCUGGAACUACUUUCUAAGGAGCUGUACCUACCCCUGCUAUGUACGGAUGGAGUGCAGACAUAUGGCGGUGUUAGCUCAGACAAGCUCAUGGACAUUCUACACAGAUUGAUGGCAAAUACCAACGUCACAGAAGGACAUGUUGAGGGUCAAAUAAGCCUUCCACUGCCAUCAAUUGAAGUGCUGACUGAAGCAGCGAGUAACGCCAACCGAAGAUCCGCAGUGAUUCAUGUUCUAGAGUCAACGGUGGUUGGCUGGAUCAAGCAAAUCAAGCUUGUGCUCAAGCAUGAACCCCUUGUCGACCUGCGAGAGAAGUUUGGAGUGCGACCUUUCCCGCUGGAUGAGGUCAACCUUUGGCGACACCGUCAGAAUAAACUCCUGUCCAUCAACAAACAGUUAGAUUCUACCAUAGCAAGCAAUAUUCUUCUCAAUCUUGAUGAUGCUAGCAGCACCUAUUCACAUUCCUUUCACAACGUACGCAGGGAGAUUGGACAGGCUUUGGCCGAGACCAAUGAGAAUCUGAUGUUUCUAGGAACCCUUCUUCCUUGGUUUGAACGCCUUCAUGGAGCUACUACACCCAAAGAAUUGAUGACAGUCUUUCCACCUCUUGUACAUACUCUCAUGCUUGUCUGGUCUCACUCAAGGUACUAUCAUCAUGACUUUGUCUUCCACAAUCUUCUUGAGUUGGUGUCCAAUGAAGUAGUAGCCAGGGCGCAGUCUUUGGUUGGUGAGAACAUCUUGAAGAAUACUAUACAGUCAUAUGCAGGUUUGAAGGAGGCCCUCAAAGUCUGCGCUGCGUACAGGGGAACCUACCUAGACAACAAGGACAAAGCUGAUGAACUCAACGCUGAACGAGUCUCAGAGACAGCAGAAGCAAUGAACCUGAAUCCACCUAAAGGUGUCCUGUACAACAGUCGUCUGUACAGCGGGACUCAGAAGCGCCCUCCCACCAGACAGUCAUCCACUGAGGUAUGGAGGGAUACCAGUACUAACAGUGCUGUGGUCAUUCAUGAAGACGAAUGGAGUGAUUCACCGUGGCCGCCUAGGAAUGCACCUUGCUUUAAUCUACUCAAUAGCUUCAUGGAAAGAUGCAAUGACCUUCUUGAGUUGGUCCAAACGACCCGUCACUUCAACCUCCUUCAGAAGGCCGCUGAGGUGGGCGGGGCAGGAACCAAGAGCUUGGAUGCCCUCGUCAGAGAGAUCCACCUUGAGUUCACCACCUCCAUGGAUCACUUCGGGUCAGAGGUCACUGAUAUAUUGGACAUCACAGAGAGUCAGGCGUUUGAGAAGGCAUUCUUCAUGUUUAGAUCUGUUGUAAAGGAUCUUGAGAGGCGAUUAGCCAGUGUCCUGCGGCAGAGCUUCUGCCAGUGUCCGUCCAUCGGUUCCCAGCUGCGUCUCCUGGAGGUUUUCGAGGGUGUCAGCGGCCGUGAGAUGGUCCAGGAAUACCUGAAGGAUAAGGACCAGGCCCUGAUCACAUCCUUCACCAACGAGCUGAUAGCAGUCAGGACCAUGUUCAUUGCUAAGUCUUCUGAGCCUCCUCUUCAUGCCAACCUACCUCCCAUAGUCUGUAAGCUGACAUGGGUUGGAGCACUCAAACGGAGGAUUAAGGAGCCCAUGGAGAAGCUAAAACGGGUGAGUCCGCAUUCCCUCGACGGGGAUGCUGGCUGGCAUCUGAGGGACAUCUUCAAUGACACGAUGACAGACCUGUCUAAGUAUGAAGAGAAGAGUGUAACUGAUUGGCAGAAGAUGCUUCAUAGUGAGCUCAGAGACAGACUCAAACAACCUCUCCUGACUGCCGAAGACUACGAUGAGGAGACCGAACUCCGACCCCAGGUCCUUCAUGUGAACCUUGACCCUGAGCUUCUGCUCCUCCUACGUGAAGUUCACUACCUUGCCCAGCCUCCGUUCAAUGUCAAGCUUCCUGACGGUGUGAGAGAGCUUCUGAGACACACCGAUGGGGCAACCCUCAGGACCACUGCGGCGAGGCUGGAGACCAUCGUGUCCAAGUAUAACCAAGCCAUGAGAUCCAUAGUGGACUUUGAGAGACCAUUGUUUGAGAGGAAGCUUGGAAAGAUUGACCAUCUGCUGGAGCAAGGCCUUAGCCACUACACUUGGAAGACAACAGAGAGUGCUGACUUUAUUGAACUUGCCUCAUCACUUGUUGGAGCUGACCUCCACCGGACACUGGCCAUCGUCCAGUCAAACUGCCAGGAGAUGGUAGAGAUCACCCAGAAGUGGUCAAGCGGGGCACUGGACGUCUUUGAAUGCAGGGCUGCAAUGGUCAGCUAUUCUAUGGAUAGGUUGCUGGAUUGGCAAAGAACCCUAAAUGAGGAGAUUGAGAGACUAAUCAAACCAUCUGGUCUACGGAUCCAUGCCAUGCUACAGAACUCAUUUGAGGUCGUCCAGAUCAGUCGAGCUUCACCAGCCUGGGAGGAGUAUGUAGACCACAUCGAUGCCCUGGUCCUUGAUGGUCUAAAGCAGACCUGUCUAAAGAGUCUUAGAUCCAUGCUCAAUACACUGGUCCUUGCUAACGUAUCAGAGACUGAGGAACCCAACAUUCCUAUCUUGACCAUCCGUAUGGAGUUAGUAGAGAACACAGUGACCUUUACCCCUCCCCUUGACCAGAGUACAUCAGUGACCAGUGUCCUGGAGAAUGUCAACCGUUGGCUAGAACAGUUCAGGUCUCGAGGGGCACUGGUCAAGAUGCUUAGUCCACUAGCAGAGGGUGGAUACAAGGAUUAUAUCAGUGUUGAUGAUGAGGUCAUUGAACUUUGUGAGAAGAUCAUCAGCUUAGUGAGUGAAAAUAGUGAAGAAUGCAAGAAACUCUUGGAGCUGUUUAAGAGUUACACAUUCCUAUGGAUGCAUGACAUCAACGAGACGUUUGAUGAGUUUCUUCACGGUCGCCUGACCCCUAAUCCGCUCCGUAACCCUGAGAAAAUCAGUCCGUCUGCACGUCUUAGGUCGGCUGCAUCUGAACGUUCAGUCAAGUCUGCUCACAGCGGAAGGGCCAGUUCUGCAUCCAACUACAGUAUCAGUCAUACAGGAGCCAUGGGAACGGCUGAGAAAGCUUUCUUAACACCGAAAGAUGAAGAUGAAGAGGUUGAUGUUCCAUCUCUAGAUCUCUUUGAUAGUGAGAUUGAUAUCUACAAGACUGCUCGAGAUGAGAUCAUAGCGGUGGUAGACCAACGUGAUGUCGGGUGGAUCCGCUGUGACCUGGAACCGAUCAAGCAAGUCCUGACGACCUACGCCAGUAGGUGGAUGUGGACCUUCACCAAGUAUCUUUCUGAUCAGGUAACAGCUCUGCUUAUGGAUCUAGACUUCUUUUUGAAGCGCAUUGAGCCUGAGAUUGAGAGUAUCAGUGGUGAAGAAAGAGAUACAGCAUCCUUCAUGAAGAUGAUGAGAAUAUUCAAUGAGGUUUCUGCCAAACAACAAGAGAUGGAUGGUCAGUUCACCGCUAUGAACAGGACAGUGCUACUCCUCAAGAAGUAUGGUCAAGCCCUGCCAGAGAGGACCAAGUCCCUCUACGACGCAGCGCCAGGCCGAUGGAACAAUCUCAAGACCAAGGUCUCUCUGGCCAAGCAGAGACUAGGACCAAGAAUACAGGAAGAAUCAGCCAGUAUUACAAAGGAUCUUGCUGAGUUUGGUGAACGAGUGGAAGCAUUGAACAGCUCCCUCUCUGAUUCUGAGGUAUAUACCUGGGAUUGUUUCCUGGACGAUGCCUUCUCAGAGAUUGACAAGUUUCAGAGAAAACUUGAGGAACUGGACAACGAAGCACAGGACCUGAUUGAACUUCAAGAUCUGCUGGAGACAGCAGUUGUCAACUUCACCAUCUUGCCAGAGUGUCGUCAUGAGCUUCACAAUCUCCAUGAGGUAUGGGACACAGUGAGAACCUUACAGGAACAGCAGCAGGAAUGGAAGCAAGAGAGAUGGCAGAGUAUGAAUACCAAGUAUCUCAGAGAAGCUACCAAUGAUCAACUGACGACCGUUAAGACCCUGCCUGAUGAGACUCAACACUGGGACGUCACUAGAGGGCUUCAGGAAUCUAUUCUUGUCAUCCAGGCCUGCCUUCCAUUGAUUGAAGAUCUUAGUAACCCAGCCAUGAGAACCAGGCAUUGGAAGCAGCUUGUACGGGUCACUGGGGGCGCCCUUGUCAUCGACAACGAGAGCCUCAUCAAUAUGACCUUUGGUCAGCUUCUUCAACUUGGUCUUCAGAACCAUGUGGAUGAAGUAAGAGCCAUUGUACAACGAGCCGUCAAGGAUGUGACCAUUGAGAGUGCGCUGAAGACAUAUGAAGAGAUCUGGCUCAGCAAACUAUUUGACCUUCGACCCCAUGUCCGUCAUAUCGUAGUAGGCACCAGUGAGAAGAAUGAUAAAGAUCAACAUUCUGACACCAAGAGUGAGAUGUCUCAGAGUCAGAGUGACCUUGGAACCGCCAUCACCGAGACACGAUCUCGACGUCGAACCAUGAGUAGAAUGUCUGCCCUCACCCUCGGAGCUGGCCGACAGAAGAGGGCGAGCGUCUCCUCACUGCCGGCAUCUCUGCUCAACUUAGGAGAUGAUUCUGGGAACUUAUUCCUGUUGAAGGACACAGAUCCUAUCUUCACUGAGCUUGAAUCCCAUCAGGUCGCCCUCCAGGGUAUGCAGAGUAGCAGUGCUGCAGGGUCUUUCCUGGAUGAAGUCACCAAGUGGCAAAAGAGGCUACAGACCAUUGAAGCAGUCUUGACAGUGUGGCUUGAGGUCCAAGAGAAAUGGGUCGAACUAGAAGAGGUGUUUAGUGGAGCUGAUGUCAGAGCAUCUCUAUCUCAUGAAGCAAGUCUCUUUACGUCAGCAAACAGAGAUUUUAGACUUCUCAUGAGGGCGUCUGAGAAGAAUCCAAAUGUUCUUCAGUGCUGCCAGAGAAAAGCAAUCCUUGGUUUGCUUGAGAAGAUGAACAGUAACCUUGAGAUCUGCAGACGUUCCUUGCUUCAACAUCUUGAGAGACGAAGGCAGAGGUUCCCAAGGUUCUACUUCCUUUCAAUGGAGGAUGUGCUUCAUGUUGUAUGCAAUGGCUAUGAUCUCAACCAGGUAAAUCUCUACCUUCCAAAACUCUUUGAGAACCUUGGUCGGUUAGAGUUUGAGAACAACGCCUCGGAAGCUGCAGAAUCUAACUUCCAGGUGACGGGCUUGAUUAGCAUGCUUGGAGAGAAACUACCCCUCAAACAGGUUGUAUCCUGUGAGGGGCCUAUUGAAAACUGGCUCGGCAACCUCAUCCCCAUAAUCAAGACAUCCCUGCAGAAUCAGCUAGCCUCAGCCCUGGCCCAUGAGACCCUGGACCUGCAGGCCUCCUUCCAGAGUCCUGGACCCAUAGAGGGGCUAGGACCAGGUCCAAGAAAGGAGAGGGAGAUUCACAGUGCAGGGGCCAGAAAAGUCACAGUUGGGAAAGAUGAGCGUAAAGGAGGUCCAGGGAGUCGUGCUGGUAGCCGAGCCGGUAGCAGGACCGGACAGAGAACCAAGAGACCUAGUACCAGAGAAUCCCAGCAGGAAGGACCCUUAGAGGCCACCAAAGAACCUCCUACUAAGUCCUGGAUGUUAGAACAUGUGACGGAGGUGGUUUAUCUAGCGAUGCAGAUACAGCUUGGUGAUCAGGUUGAGAGAGGACUGAAGGCAGUCGAUGGAGGAGAGAAAGACUCACUCAAGGAUAUCUUGAAUAAGAUGAAUACUAGCAUCCAAUCAGCCGUGGUGAUGCUGAAAGGAAUUGAAGAUGAGAAAGAGAAGAAAGCAAGACUAAGGAAAGAACUCAGGAAAGAAGCAAAUAACAACAUUGAUAACUCGGCUGCGGAUAACAACAGCACGGUCGUCUCACAGACUGGCAGGCAGAGCUCUCACUCAUACCGAGGUUCUCAGUGGAGUCUCAACGAACCAGCGAUCCCGCAACCUGCCACGCCCAUCCAAGAAGAGGGUAGUAUGCACUCUGUGAUCAAUGAAGAGGCCAGUGAUGUCACUGGUGAAAUUAAGAGCCGUCCUGUGGACACCAUGAAGGUCGUCCUUCCUCCGGAGAGGCCAAAGGUGAAAGUCGUUGUUGAGGAACAGGUCGAUCGGACCGAGCUGAAGCUCCUCCUCUUCCCUGCUCAGAUCCAGAAGAUUAGUAACCUAAUAUCCCUCAUGGCUCAUCAGAGGGAUGUAAUCACCAGAUUUGAGAAGAAGCAGGAUGAGACUAGCAAGCUUGCUGACUGCUUUGAAUGGAAGAGCCAGCUUAGAUACAACUGGGAUGAAAGCAGCAAUAACUUGAAAGUCAAGCUCCUUGAUGCAGAGUUUGACUAUGGCUUUGAAUACCAAGGAUCGGCAGCACGUUUAGCCUUCCUUCCAGGCACAGAGAAGAUGUAUUAUAGCAUGGCUAGUACCAUAAAGAGUCAUACAGCAGCCAUGUGUGUUGGCUCAAAUUUGAGUGGACGAGUGGAAUCAGCGAGAGAGCUUAGUCGUAUUGUAGGUCAACCUCUGUAUGUCUUCAACUGUACAAAGACAAUGGAUGUUCUUAUGUUGGUUGAUAUCUUCAGGGGACUAGCAUCAACAGGUUCUUGGGUGUGUUUCAACAACCUUGCUCACAUCGUCCCAGGAGCCUUGAGUGUUCUCUGUGAGCUCCUACAGACAUACCUUGAAGCUCUGCGGGCAAAGCGCCCUCACAUCACCUAUGCUGCUCUAGGAGAAGAGAUCGCCCUCAACCCAUCGGGGGCGUGCUUCGCUACCCUGGACAGUGCCCUCGAUGCUCCGUCCAUGUCCAACAUUGACCGUCACCUAGUGUUGAACUCUACGAUGUCCAUGCUUCCGUCUGAUCUGACCAGUCUGUUUAGGACCGUGUCCAUCACCAGUCCUGAUUUCAGGAUUAGUAUGGAGAUCAUUCUUCUCUCUCAAGGCUUCAGACAGGCUGCAGAGCUAUCUUCAAGGCUAGCUUCAUUGAGAGAGAUGUACAUCAAGAUCAUUCCAAUGGGACUUACUGUUAACAAUGACAACAAACUCAGGAAUGCAGCAUAUGAAGGCCCUCAUGGCUGGAGCAUUCGUAACAUGAGGAACAUCAUCACUGAAGCUGGUAUUCUAUUGGAUGAACUACAGGCUAACUACAUGGAAGAAGAAUAUCAAACAGCUUUGGCUGAGUUGGUAAGCAUUGAGAAUAGAGACCCUCUACAGCUUGUAGCAGAGGAGGAGCAGUCAGAAGAGAAAGAAGACGAAAAACAAACUGAAAAGGGAAGUUUUGAGUUACCUGAAACACUGGCCAAGUAUGAGAUUGAAGCCAUCGUCAGUGCUCUGAGGAACACCUUCAUGCCUCGUCUCCAUGGCAGUGAUGCUGAUAUGUUUGUUACCAUGGUAACGGAUGUCUUCCCGGACACACCAGUGGACAUGGGCUUUGGAGGUGUCGAUCCUUCCGUCAGCAAAAAAUCUGAUGUGAUAAGUUUGAAUACCCCAGUAGUAUCAACCCAAGGACCCAGUAAGGUCAUUCAGAGCUAUCUACCAACCACGGGAGGAGAGAAACAAUACCUUGACGACAUCAACUCUGCCAUCGCCGUGGCAACCAACGAACUAGGCUUGCUUCCAGGCACCUUGUUCCAAGCUCGUGUUGCUCAGCUGUGUCAGCUCACCAAUACACAUCAAACGGUGAUUAUAACGGGACCACCAGGAUGUGGUAAAAGUGAAUGCAUCAAGACUUUAAUGUCGGCUCAGAGGGAGACUGGAAAGAUUGUGACUGCUCAUAGGAUCUUCCUUCAAGCUGUGGAGUCUGUGGAGCUUCUUGGUAGCGCUGAUCCAGAAACUAAGGAGUGGCGUGAUGGUCUGUUCAUCGCAUUGCUUCGUAAGCUAUGUCUUAUCCCUAAGGCAGACUUCAGUCAGACUAAACCACAUAUGAAAGCUAUGCAUCUAGAUGGAGAGAUCAAUGCCACUCAGAUGGAAAUCUUGAGUUCUCUCUUUGAUCACGAUGGUAUUCUGGUUCUUGCCAAUAAUGAACGCGUUCACAUACCAGAUAAUUUCUCAAUCUUCUGGGAGAUUGAGAGUGUGGACCAUCUUAGUCCAGGCCUAAUCUCCCGAGUAGGCCUGCUCUCCAUGGAUCGUUCCGACGUCAGCUGGGCCCUGCUCCUGACCGCCUGGUUAGACCGGCGCCCUGAGAAGGACCAGGAGAUCCUAAAGGUCCUAACAGACAUGUAUCUUGGUCCUACCAUGGAGUACCUGGACCUGUGUCUUAGACCAGCUGUCAUGACAACCAGUAAACAAAGAAAGAGGCCUAAGAUGAAGAGGAUUGUUGAUACAAGUGAAAGCAACAUGGUCCUUACUUUCUGUGCCAUCUUAGAUGCCAUCAUUGCUCAGAAUACAGAGCUUAGUGAUGAGCAGUAUGAGCGCUACGUCAACUUUGCUGCAGUCUGGGCAUUCGGUGGGACGCUGGAAGAGAAACAUCGCUCUACCUUCAGCCACUGGUGGCGCUCUAAAUGGGAGAAACGUGAGAUUUAUCCUGAAGAGGGAGAGGUCUUUGAUUAUUUUGUAGACAGUGAGAGUGGUGAGAUGGUGAUGUGGUCUGAGGCUGUACCACCUUACAGUAUGCCACCACACGAGGGCAUCCCGCUAGAUGCUUUCGUCCACACCGUCACAACUGAGCAAAUCUCCUACCUACUUGGACUAUUGUCUGAUGCUGGUAAGCCAGUAAUGUUGGUUGGUGAAGCUGGCUGCGGUAAGACUGCAAUCGUUAAUGAUCGGAUCCGUACUGUCUGCUCUGGGGAGGUAGCUGAAGUUCUAUCUCUCACUGUCACUGCUAAUAGGUUCACCACAAGUCGUGUCCUCUGGCAGCGGUUAGAGGAAAGGCUUGAAUGGCGUCAUGGUCGUACCUAUGUACCAAAGGGAAAUAAGAAACUUAUGUGCCUUGUGGAUGAUCUCAACCUGGCUUAUGUUGACCAGUUCAACCACCAAUCAGCUUCAGCCAUGGUCCGACAGCACCUAGACUCGGGUGGAUUCUUUGAACCAGACACUCAUCGGAUGCGAGAGGUCAAGAAUGUGACCUAUGUGACAACGGUCAAUCCCUUGACCCCUGCCAGUGUUCCAUCCCUUAGUCAGAGGCUUGUCAGACAUUUUGCGGUACUUGGCAUGCCAUACCCAAAGAAUGCAGAGGUUCAUAAUAUCUUCACCACUCUUCUUCAUACUCACUUCCUGACACCAGCUACAACAUCAUCUAAUACUAACAGAGAUCAUAAGAAGCAGCACAUGAUUGAUAAAGAAGAGGAGAAAUUGAGGGCGCUAAUCUCAAUGAUGGUGAACGUGACAAUUGAAGUUCAGGAGAGGAUGAGGAGUAUGUUCCUAGCAACGGCCGAGAGAUGUCAUUAUAUCUUCUCUCUUAGGGAUAUGAGAAGACUCUUUCAGAACAUCUGUCUGUCCUUGAGACCUGGUACUAACCCAGACAACCUCCUGUUGCUAUGGCGACAUGAGUGUGAGUGGGUAUAUGGUCAGCGGCUGGUCAGUCCAGUUGACUUUGACCGUUACCAGCUGGCUUUCGUGACUGCUGCGCGCAAGGAAUUCACCUCAGAAGAACCGUCUGAAGCAUAUAGCCCAGGCCGUAAUGCACGUUGCAUUAUGAAAGGAGAAAAAGUGCUCCAGCUAACCAUCACUCCCGACCAGCCCCUCUUCAGCAACCUGGUCCAGCAGGACUCUGGUAUAGUUACCGCCGGUGGGUACCGUAGCUCACAGCAGGCUACCAGCAGUACCACAGGAUCAGAAGUAGAGAAUACAGACCAGUACCAACCAUGCUCUGAGGUCGCCAGUGUUCAGAGACUGCUCCAGGAUGCAGUAGAGGAAUACAAUAAAGGACAUCCCAAGAUAAAGCUAACAUUGUAUAAGGAAACAAUUCAGCGUGUAUGUCGUCUCGCUCGUAUGAUAAUGUCUCCCCAUGAGGUAGGCCACGCCCUCCUGGUAGCCGACGGCAACCCUGGAUUGAGUAACCUGUUUGCCCGUCUUGCAGCAAGCCUAUGUGGGUUUAGUGUGUCCGAGAUCAGCGCUGCACCUGAGGCAUCCUCUAGGAACUAUAAGAUUGAUCAGUUCAAAGCUGAUCUUGUGGCUAUGUAUACCAAGGCUGGAGUCAAGGGUGAGAAGAUACUUCUGCUUCUGACUGAGGAGGAUCUCCAUGAGGAAGAUUUCUUGGUUUACGUUGGUGAGUUUGUUGUGACUGGAGCCAUCACUCAUCUCUUCUCGAGUGAGGAACAGACGACUAUCAUCAAUUCCAUACGUACAGAGGUCACGGCAGCAGGUCUGACCUACACUAGGGAGACAGCAUGGAACUUCUUCCUCAAAACGGUGAGGAACAACUUCCGAGUAGUUUUGAUCUCUGCUGACACCGGUCAUGAUUUCCAGCGGAGGUGUAGAGAGUACCCCGCCCUGACGGAACAUCUAAACUGUUACUGGUAUCAACACUGGACUAGAGAGAGACUUGUGGACCAUGCUAUGACCUAUUUACAAGGUACUGAAGGCAUGAACAACAUCCAACAAGAGAACCUUGCUCAUCUUCUAGCCACAAUGCAUCUUGCUAUAAGACAGUUAGAUGGAGAAGAGAAAGGACCAGGGAGAUACAAACAUCUUACUAAUACUACAUAUGAGAAGUUUGUAGAGAGGUUUCUAUCAAUGUACAAGCAGAGACAGGCCAAGAUUCAUGAGGAACAUCUGACGGUCACCAAGGCUCUCCAUCAUAUCAACAGAGAGAACAAACUAGCCAUGAGACUACAGAAACAACUAGAACAUGAACUUAUUGUGCUGGAAGAGAGGAAAGAUGGUACCAUCAAGCUUCUGUCACAGAUCGGUCAAGACAAGGCCAUUGCUGGUCAACAGGUCAAGAUAGUCAUGAAGCAGCUGGACAGUCUCCUCAAGCUCAAACAAGCCCUUCCUAAAUACACCCUUGCACACGAGAGGGCGGUCUACAAGACUGUAGCAGUGGUUGCGGACACCAAGAAGGUUGUCCAGACGUUAGACGUGACGAGUCUAGGGGAGCUUAGAGGGAUGCAUAAGCCUGAUGUAGAUAUUGAAGAUCUGUUAGCUUCCAUCAUUAUGAUCCUGAAAUCUCCUGCAUCUGACCUGACCUGGAGCAAAGGAGCAAAGCGUCAGAUGGCAAACAUUGAAAGAUUCCUUGAGGAGCUUGCUUCCUUUGAUGAUUCUGAGCUUCCUGAGUCUACCCUGAACCUAGUGGAACCAUACCUCAAGAAGUCCUCCUUCCAGGCCAAGAAUAUGUUGAGAAAGAAUGCUGCUGCUGCCUCACUGUGUAAUUGGGUCAGAGGGGUCUGUAGAUACCAUCGUCUGAUGAUCUCCAAGGUCAAGCCGCUUCACAAGAAGGUUGAAGAGACAAGGGUAGCAAUUGAGGAAGCAGAGCAUAAACUCUCUAUGCUGGAGAAUAAGAAGAAAGCAUUAGAAGAGAGACUCCUAGACCUGGCCCUGAGCUUUGAGAGUGCCACGGUGGACAAGAAUGACCAGGAAGAUCUGUCAAGGAAGAUGACCAAACAACUGGACACUGCUAAUAGAUUCAGACAUAUCCUUGCUAUGGAGCACCAGCACUGCAUCCAGAUCUGUCAAUCCCUUCCUCAACGAGAGUUUGCAAUCUCUGGAGCCAUUGCAAUGGCAGCAGCCUUCGCUACUUACCUUGGACCUUACGAUCCCAAGUUCCGUCGUUCCGUCCUGACUGUCCAUUGGCCACUGUGCCUUCAAGAAAGAGGUGUUCCUUUGGUAAUUGAUGCCAUAGAUCCAAUGAAAGGUUGGAUUGUUGAAUGGGCUAUCCACACUUCACCCAAGACCAGAGCAAACACCGGUAUGGAGAGUGCCAUCCCACCCCUGGACCUCGGCCAGCGGGACAGCGAUGGAACACCAGCACAACGACAAGAAGAUGAAGCCAAGACACCGAUCAACGAACGAGUGACUGAGAAUGAAGGAGAGGUGGAGGAUGAAGGAAAGGAAGAAGAUGGAGAGAAGGAAGGAGAAGAUGAAGGAGGAGAAGAAGAUAGGAAGAGCCAAGAAAUGAAGGAGAAGGAAGAGGAGAUGAAUGCCCUGCUAUCUCAGACACAAGAAGCCCAAGAGACUCCACGCAACGAGCAGCAGACGGGAGAGGAACCUCAACGAGGUGUGACAGCAAUGAGUGGAAUUGCAGAGAGCCAGCACGCUUACGACGUUGAUGCAUUCCCUCAGAUAGGCAGCGCUGAGUACCAGAGAUAUGUACAAUCACUCAUCAAGCUCCUAGUAGGAGAGAAGAGUGUACAUGAUUGGGGAACUAAAGGCCUGAGCUUGAGGCAAAUGGAGAAUCUUGCCAUUCAGAAGUCGUCAUGGCAACGACCUCCAUACCUGAUUGACCCUGAUAUGGAGGGCGUACGUUGGUUACGGAGAAUGAUCUAUCAACAUCGCCUCGUUAAUAUUGAUAUGCAGACAAGAUGGAGACAUCAAGAAAUACAUUAUACCAUGCCAACCAAAACUGUUUAAAUUAUUAUUAUCAUA